CCCAAGUCGCUCGGUUGUCCAGGGUCAAGUGCGUUUGCUUAUUUUUAUUGGCUACUCGUAGUAUCGUCCCGCAGGCGCACACGACGUAUGCGUGAUGUGGGUGUACGAGAUGUGCAUGGGUGUUCCAUUGAGACGACGACCCACUUCCGGACGAGUCCGACCUUCCGGAUUACGCCCGCCGCAUGCCGAAUUGGCCCGCUUUUGUUGUUGUGUUCAGUGUUCUCUGCUCCGUUUUUUUCCAAAAUGUUUUUGAGGGUGCUACGAUCGGUGAAUCUGAAUGGCAUUUUUGAGUAUCUGCAUCGGCAAUUAAACAAUCUGUGUACAACUUAAUUUGGCAAUUAGUUAAACAAUGCGAAUAUCGUUGGCUAAUUGGCGAGCAAUUAGUGGAGGGCCGUAUAAAUUGUUGCAACCACUGGAGAUCUGCGAAAACCACGAAAUGGUGCAGUGCAUCGGCUGGAUUAUUGGCUUGCUAUGCAUUCUGCAAUCCCUUCAAGGGACUCAGAGCACCGACUACGAGAUACUAGGCGAUGACAGCACCUUGCACAUUGAGUGCAGUGCUGCAGAGGAUCGGGGCAAUAUACAGAUUCGACAGAUUUUGGACAUUAGCACUUUGACUUUCAACGUGGCCCAGGAUCUGCAAACCCUGUACUUCAAUGGCGACGUCAAGGUGUUGAUGGAUCUGCCCAAAAGUCCGAUUGGCUUGCAGGUGGAUCUAUUCCGCUGGGAACGCAGCGAAUGGAUUCCCACCCCGCUCGCCCUGAAGAGGCACAACUUGUGCCAGGCCUUGUCCAAUCCCCUGGAGGUGUGGUAUCCCAUAUUUAUGAAGAUACCCAAGAAGGAGAAGGUUUGUCCGCCGAUCAAGGGGCACGUGUACAGCCUGGUCAAUGUGAGCAACCAUGGGAUUGUGAGGAACAUGCCCCGCAUGGAUGUCGCCGGAGAUGUGAAGGCCCUGGUCCACCUGACCUCGGGAAAGCUGAAGACCUGUGCGGCACUCUUCUUCAAGAUCUACGUCACGAACCGUUGACAAUUGCGGCGGACCGAGGACUGCACCCUGACACUGAACCAGUGGAUCUCGACGGGAUCGCACUGUUUGCUCACUUUAUAGUUUAUACUUUAUGGUACCCGGCUGCUCUAGUUUUAUGGCCUAAUUUGGACAUGUUUGCUCGGCUUCAAUGGCGCGUCCCACCGUUUAUGGCGCUGGCUAAAUGAUUUGCAAAUAAAGCGAAAUAUUUC